ACGUGCUUUCCUUCGUAUACGUAUAUGUUUGAUAUUAGCGGCACGCAUUCUAGAAAACACUGCAAGUGUUUAUAUGAAACAUGUUGCCGUUCACCGCACCAGCUUACAGUCUUUAAAAAGCGCUCCCGCAGCCAUACCCACUCCGCUGCACUUGGCGGCGAUAGAGCGCUGUAGACGCGAACGUCCAAGCCGUCAGCAAACCAACAAAGGUUCGCGGCGGCCAGCAGCACCUUCGAGAAAAGCAACAUGGUGGACGUGUGCGGGGGAAAUGUAACAAACCUCGGAAUAAACCAUUAAUAGGUAGCCAGCAUUGAACUAGGGAACGCGACGCCGCCUCGUAUGUGUUUCAGAGUGCCAUAACCCAGCUCUAAAAGCAUUUUGCUGUUUCGAGCUCGUGAGGGCGCGGCGGUUUUGCGUUCGCUCGCGGACGCUGCUGCUGUGUGUGUGCCUGCGGGAGCGCGCGGUCGCUCACUGGGGCGCCGACACGCCGAUAGAUAGAGCUCAGCCAGUCGUGCCUACAGGAGGAAUGACUUUGUGUGCCUGCGCCUGAAGAAGGUCGCUAACUGAGCAGCGGUUCCGUGGAGCGCGGCAGUCGGCAGUUGCAGUGCCGGUAGAUCCAGAGAGCGAGCGAGAGAGAAGGCUGAAGGCAGCCCGACCGACGCGCGGAUCCGCCACAGACAUACACACAACCGUCCGUUCGGAACGUUCCGUUCGCUCCCCCACAACGAGGCGCGCGCGCUUCAGCUCGAGCGCCAUGGAGGCGAAGCGCAGCGGCGCUCAGAGCAGCCGCAGCGGAAGCGAGUCGAGCGGCGACAGCCCCGCGGGGUCGCCCUCGAGAUCGGCGGCGUGCAGCGCGCCCCCCGUGGGCAACGCGUUCGCCAACGACGGCAGCUUCAUGGAGAUGUUCAAGAAGAAGAUGGAGGAGGAGGAGAGACGGAGGAAGGAAGAGGAGCGGAGAAAGAGCGAGCAGCAGCAGCAGCAGGGCGCUGCGGCGGACGGAGGCCCCGCGCAGGAGAAGAAGACCUUUAGCGUGACCAACUUUGUGGGCAAGCGGAGAGGUGGCGCCAAGUUGGCCCUAAAGACCGGAAUGGUGGCCAAGAAGCAGAAACUGGAGCCAGAGGUUGAGGCUGGUAAGGGAGAUGCUUGGACUAAAUACAUGGCUGAGGUCAAAAAAUACAAAGCCCACCAGUGUGGUGACGAUGACAAAACCAGACCUCUGGUCAAAUAGCCCCCCGAUCUCUGGCCCUGUACUGGACACUGCCGCGGCCAGCUACACCGGUACCCCCGUUGCUUUGGGAACAUUCGAGGGAGAGGGGAGCUGACUUUGUCCUUUCCGACCUGCCCAUCUUUCAGUGCUCUUAUUAUGAGUGUUAAACAGCUGACAGGCAAACUACAUGUAUUUUGCGGAGUUUGAAGAUAAUUGCUGUUUUUUUUCCCCCAUUGUAUUUUUUAGGUUAUGUUAUGCCAGUUAUAGGUACAUGUGGGUGAACAACUUUUGUAAGCUUCACAGGAUUUAAACAUGUACUGUAAUAAUUGUAGUUCUUCUGUGUCUUGCUGGGUUUUUUUUUUUUUUUUUUAUUCUAUUUGGAAAUGAAAACUAAGUGUAACCUAAGUCCUUGUAAAGUAAACAUUUUUCCCCAUA